AUGACCUGGUUGGAGUAUAGGUGGAGCGUGGAGUCAAACGGUUGGAAAGUGAUGGAGCAGCUGGAGAAGAUCCACAAGGAAGAAUGCUGUUUUUCAUAUUUUCAUAUAAUUUCAGAGGUGACUUUACAACCUGCCCCAGCUGUGACCUACAGAACCAUCGGAGGAAUCCUUGAUUUCUACAUUUUCUUUGGAGACACGCCAGAACAAGUGGUGCAGGAGUUCCUUGAGCUCAUUGGCAGGCCAGUCAUUCCUGCUUACUGGUCACUUGGAUUCCAACUUUCUCGGUGGGACUAUGGAAACAUGAGUGAAGUCAAGACAACUGUGGAGAGGAACCGUGCUGUGGGCCUCCCAUAUGAUAUUCAAUACACUGACAUCGACUACAUGGAAGAUAAGAAAGAUUUCACGUAUGACAAAGUCAAUUUUAAGGAGCUUCCUCAGUUUGCUGAAUACCUGCAUGAGAAGGGGCAGAGGUACAUCCUUAUUCUGGAUCCUGCAAUAGCCACAGGUAAGAGGGUAGGGGGUGCUCCAUAUGAGUCCUACGACCGUGGGACUGCGAAGAACGCUUGGGUCACAGAGUCAGAUGGAACCACUCCGCUGCUAGGAGAGGUUUGGCCAGGGGAGACGGUGUUUCCAGACUACACCAGCCAAAACUGCAUCGAUUGGUGGGUUGAUGAGUAUGAGCGAUUCUACAGGGAGAUCAAACACGAUGCCCUCUGGAUUGACAUGAACGAGGUGGCUAAUUUCAAGAAAGGAUCAACUAAGGGUUGUGUUGAUAACAACCUCAACUACCCACCUUACACUCCAAAGAUUCUAGAUGAGGUGAUGUACAGUAAGACCCUUUGUAUGGAUGCCAAGCAGGCCUGGGGGAACCACUAUGAUGUCCACAGUCUAUACGGCUACGCUAUGGUGCUGGCUACUGAAAAAGCUCUGCAGCGUGUGUUCGGGUCAAACCGAACCCUGAUGCUGACCCGCUCCUCAUUUCCAGGUGUGGGAAAAUAUUCAGGACACUGGUUGGGGGACAACGCUGCCAACUGGAAUGACAUGAAGUGGGCCAUACCAGGCAUGCUAGAGUUUGGGCUAUUUGGAAUCCCCUAUAUCGGGGCUGACAUCUGCGGCUUCUUUGACGACUCAGAUGAAGAGCUGUGUCGUCGCUGGAUGCAGGUGGGCGCCUUCUAUCCCUUCAGUCGGAACCACAACGCUCAGGGCUACAAGCCUCAAGAUCCAGCAGCAUACGGCGCUGAUUCAGUCCUGCUAAAGAGCUCCAAACAUUACCUUACGAUCCGAUACACUCUCCUGCCGUACCUCUACACGCUUUUCUACAAAGCCCACACCACCGGGGAGACUGUUGUACGGCCUGUUUUGCAUGAGUUCUACUCUGAUAGCGAGACCUGGGAUGUGGAUCAACAAUUUCUCUGGGGAAAAUACCUGCUCAUCACACCAGUGCUGGAUCGGGCAGUGGACACAAUCAAGGCUUACAUACCAGAUGCAGUUUGGUACAACUAUGAGACGAAAAGUGCUGCAUGUAUUGUUCUGUUGAGAUACUUUUUUUCGGAGGCAAGUUUCCAUUGUUGGUUUACAGUAAAUUAUAUUCUCAAUGCACAGGUGCUUAUCUUGAGUGAUCUGUCCUUGACCCUGGGGGACACCUAUCAGGUCAAGUGGGAUAUGAAGCCUGCAGAGUAUGAACGUUUUAACUGCCAUCCAGAAGAGGGUGCAGAUGAGGCCAAAUGUAAGGCCAGAGGCUGCAUCUGGGAGUUAACCUCUAUACCAGGUGCUCCACUGUGCUACUAUCCAGAAGACUAUGGAUACACUGUUAAAACAAGUACAGAAACAAGUUCUGGCAUCACCCUUGAUAUCACUCGGAACAUGAAAUACAGGACCAGCGGUCGUCCAGAGUCGCCGGACAUUAACAACCUCCGUGUUGAGGUUCGGUAUCAUAGCAGUGACAUGGUCCAGUUCAAGAUCUGGGACCCGACUUCUGAUCGCUAUGAGGUACCAGUGCCUCUGUCCAUUCCUACAACUCCUGAGACUGAUGAGUCCAAACGGCUUUAUAAGGUCUCGGUUACUUCCCAGCCAUUUGGCAUCCAGGUCGUAAGGAAAAGCACAGGCACCAAGAUUUGGGACUCCUCCGUGCCAGGUUUCACCUUUUCAGACAUGUACAUCGAAGUGUCGACUCGGCUGGCAUCAGAGUUUGUGUACGGCUUCGGAGAAACAGAGCAUCCCACCUAUAAACACGAUCUCAACUAUCACACUUGGGGUAUGUUCUCCAAGGAUCAGCCUCCUGGUUACAAGAUGAAUUGUUACGGUGUUCAUCCCUUUUAUAUGGGCCUUGAGAACACUGCAGAUGCCCAUGGGAUACUGUUGCUAAAUAGUAAUGCCAUGGAUGUUACAUUCCAGCCAACUCCAUCUUUAACCUACCGCACUAUAGGAGGCAUUCUGGAUUUCUACAUGGUCCUGGGACCAACGCCUGAAAUGGUUGUGCAGGAGUACACCGCACUAAUUGGACGACCUGUUUUACCUGCCUAUUGGUCCCUUGGGUUCCAACUCUGUCGCUACGGUUAUGCCAAUGACUCAGAAAUUGAAAGUUUGUACAAAGAUAUGAGGACAGCUGGUAUUCCUUAUGAUGUGCAGUAUGCCGACAUCGACUACAUGGAGCGACAACUAGACUUUGUCUUGGACUCAGAUUUUAAAAGACUGCCAGCGCUUGUUGACUCAAUGAGAAAAGAAGGCAUGAGGUUUAUCUUCAUUCUGGAUCCAGCUAUUUCAGGCAAUGAGACCAAUUAUCCUGCUUUCGAGAGAGGAAAAGCAGCCGAUAUAUUCAUCAAAUGGCCCAAAGAGCUCGGAGAUGAUAUUGUGUGGGGAAAGGUCUGGCCUGAUCUUCCUAACAUCACAGUAGAUGAAUCUCUUGACUGGGACACCCAAAUAAAGCUCUUCAGGUCAUUCACUGCAUUCCCAGACUUCUUCCGUAAAGAGACGGCAGCAUGGUGGCUUCAAGAAAUCAAAGAUUUCUAUGAGAAGACGACAAAGUUUGAUGGCCUUUGGAUUGACAUGAAUGAACCUUCCAGUUUUGUCCACGGCACAGCUGGUGAAAAGUGUCUAGGGAAUCCCCUUCUAGAGAACCCACCAUAUAUGCCACCCUUGGAGUCCAAACACAUUGGCCUAAACCAUAAGACUAUUUGCAUGAACAGUGAACAGACUCUCAGCAAUGGAAAGAAAGUCAGACACUAUGAUGUCCACAACCUUUAUGGAUGGUCCCAUGCCAAACCUACUUAUGAUGCCCUGAUGGCUGUGACAAGUAAAAGAGGAAUAGUGGUGACCAGGUCAACUUAUCCCUCCAGUGGAAAAUGGGCUGGGCAUUGGCUGGGAGACAACUAUUCCAGCUGGGAUCAGCUGUACAAAUCUAUUAUAGGCAUGAUGGAGUUCAGCCUGUUUGGCAUCUCCUACACUGGGGCAGACAUAUGUGGGUUUUUUAACAAAGCAGAGUAUGAGAUGUGUCUUCGCUGGAUGCAGCUGGGUGCCUUCUAUCCAUAUUCACGCAAUCACAAUGGCAAGGGUAACCCGAGACAAGAUCCUGUUGCUUGGGAUGAGAAAUUUGCUACUGUAUCUCGGGAGGUCCUCAACAUUCGUUAUACCCUCCUGCCUUACCUGUACACGCUGAUGUUUGAGGCACACACCAAAGGAAGCACAGUUAUUCGACCACUGUUGCAUGAGUUUGUGAACGACAGAGCUACUUGGAACAUCCAUAAACAGUUCCUCUGGGGACCUGCCCUACUUAUCACCCCAGCCCUAGAAAAUGGAGCCAGAGUGGUGGAAGGCUAUGUUCCUAAUGUACGUUGGUAUGACUACCACACGGCCAAAGUUGUUGAGGCACGUGGCAAAACAAUUUCCAUGCCAACACCAUUGGAAAAGAUUAACCUUCAUGUCAGAGGAGGAUACAUUUUGCCCUGGCAGAAACCAGAGACUACCACACAUUACAGUCGAAAGAAUCCUUUAGGACUCCUGGUUGCCCUGGAUGACACUGGAAGAGCUGAAGGCUCAUUUUUCUGGGACGAUGGAGAAGGAAUAGACACUGUGGAGAAAAAACAAUAUCUUCUGAUCGCAUUUACAGUAAACUCGAAACAUUUGACCAGCCAGGUCAUUAAUGUCAAUAAUCCUCUGGCCCCUGCCGAUCACGUACUCUUGGGUGUGAUAAAGGUUUGGGGUGCGGGCAAUGAGAAGAUCACAGAGGCGACGUUGACUUCUGCAGGAGUACAACACCCACUCAAAACAGAUCACAAUCUCGAAAAUCAGGAGCUGAUUUUAGACGCCACAGAAAGAUCCAUUCCUCUGCAUGUUCCUUUUACCAUAACUUGGAAGACCAGCGUCUGAAUUUUGUUCCAGCGUGCCAGCGUACUGGUAUUUUGUUCCUAAAAAAAAAUCAUGUUUACCUAAAUAAUGUACUCAUGAAAAACACUGAAUACCAUCAGCUUUCAUCUUGAUAUUGUUGUGCCUUAAAUUUAACUUUAAAACACAAAAUCAUGUAACAAAAAAAUAAUAAAAUAUCUGACAC